CACAGCGUUAUAACGACCAAGAUCUACAAAUCAAGCCCUCUAAAAUAACCUAAAUGAGCUCUUACUUUGUAAACUCGUUCUCAGGGCGCUACCCAAAUGGCCCCGACUAUCAGUUACUAAAUUAUGGAACUAGCGGCAACGCUAUGAACGGCUCGUACAGGGACUCCGGCACCAUGCACUCGGGCUCUUACGGCUACAACUACAAUGGGAUGGACCUGAGCGUCAAUCGUUCAACCACCGGCAGCCACUUUGGGGCUGUUGGGGAUAGCUCUCGGGGUUUCCAGUCUCCGACCCCGGAGACUCGGUUCAGACAGCCGUCUAGCUGCUCGCUCUCAUCUCCCGAGUCCAUGCCCUGCGCCAGCAGCGAGACACUGGGAUCCAAAAGCUCCUCUCCCCCUUCCGACCAGAACGCCACCACUGCCAGCAAUAACCUCACCAACAGCACACAUUUCACAGAAUUAGACGACACCAGCGCUUCUUCCGAGACCGAGGAAGGCACCCACAGAAGCAACAACCCCAUUCCCCGGACACAGCAACAGCAAGAAUCUACCGCAACCUCGACAACAGCCUCGACCGAGGGACAAGCACCCCAAAUAUUCCCCUGGAUGCGGAAACUGCACAUUAACCAUGAUAUGACUGGACCAGAUGGAAAAAGGGCCCGAACUGCGUACACCCGCUACCAGACGCUAGAGCUGGAAAAAGAGUUUCAUUUUAAUAGGUAUCUAACCCGGAGGAGGAGAAUAGAGAUAGCCCACGCGCUGUGUCUCUCGGAACGGCAAAUUAAGAUCUGGUUCCAGAAUCGGAGGAUGAAAUGGAAGAAGGACAAUAAGCUGAAAACUAUGAGUCUUGCUACUGCUGGUAGCGCCUUCCAGCCCUGAUUUUCACUCAAGUAAUAACGCGAAGAGAAAGAAUUAAAUAGUCAAAACAAGACACUAUUCCAUAAGUACUGUACAGCGCAGCACCUUUCGGCAUGUUGUUGGUGUUUUAGACAAAAUAUUCUGUGGUACGGCUAACACACAACUUGUGUUUGUUGUUGUUUUUAUUACCAUGUUAAUUAUUAUUUGAAAAAGAAAAAAUG